AUCCAUGCUGAUGGAAUUAAGAUAUUUGAUAGCGGAGAACAGAAUAAGCUGCAAAUGCAACAGCAUAGUUCACACCACAAUAGCAUUCCUCGAAUUGGUUCCUCAUGAGAGGGAAAGAACAACGUGGAGCGGAAGACUCGUUCUUCGCUCCAAAUGCUUCUGCCGCUCACCACAAUUUGGGCUCACCAAACCACCGCAGGCCCACACGUAGAAACCGAGGCCCACACCAAUCGAACUUGAAAUACCGUGUCGUGAACAAGCCUGAAGCGGUUUCUUCCUUCAACUCUCACUCCGUUGAGGAUGUCAAUGUGGGCGUAACUGUCGCAUCCCUAAAUCACCAUGGCGAGGACGCGGACGGUGCCUCCGAGCUCAACACCGUUGACGGCACUGAUCGCGUGACUUAUUCCAGCAAGGUCGGGGAAGGAUGCGGCGAUGAUGAUGAUGAUGAUGAUGAUGGUGAUGGUGAUGGUGAUGGUGAGGGCGAUAUUCAGACCAGACUUGAUAAGCUGCUCUGUAAAAUUGAGGAACCUGAUUUGUCCGAGGAGCAGAUCAGAAUCAAUGAUCAAUUGCAACAAGAUGAGAUACUUGUGGUGGAGUCAAUUUAUGGAGAAAAUGUUUUCGGCCUUGAGAGAUGGAAAGGCUUGCGUUGCUUUCAGAUACAUAUACACAUUGAUGUUUUGGGUGAAAUAGCCAUCACAGCUAAGUUGAACUCUCUUAAUCAACUUGAGACUGUAAGCCGCAGUUCAGAUGAAUUCUUAUACACUUUCAAAGUCCACUAUCUUCCACCGGUUGUUUUGACUUGUUUACUACCUAAGUCGUACCCUAGCCACCAACCACCUAUUUUUACACUCUCUGUUAAGUGGUUGGAACCUGUGAAGAUUCUGAGACUGUGUUCCAAGUUGGAUUCAAUAUGGGCUGAACAACAAGGGCAGGAAGUAAUUUACCCUUGGGUAGAAUGGUUGCAUGGUUCUUCUCUUUCUCAUCUGGGAUUUGAUGAAGAAAUCACACUUGGGCCUUAUGGCAUGAAUGUUGUCCAGGAUGAGCGUGUUGUUUCAGGAGCUGAGUGCAUUGACAUUGAUAUUCCUUUUCUACGAAAUUACAAUGAUAAGAGACACAAUGAGAACUUCCUCAAAGAAUUACAUCAAUGUAACAUUUGCUUUGGUGAAUAUGCAGGUUCCGAGUUUAUCCGGAUACCAUGUAUGCAUUUUUUUUGCCUCAAAUGCUUGCAGACCUUUGCCCAGAUACAUGUAAAGGAAGGAACUGUUAGUAAUCUUCAAUGUCCUGAAGCAAAAUGUACAGUCAUGAUUCCACCUGGCCUUUUAAAACACUUGCUAGAUGACAGAGAUUAUGAGCGCUGGGAAUCCAUGAUGUUGGAAAAAACACUUGCAUCAAUGUCUGAUGUUGUUUAUUGUCCAAGAUGUGAAACCCCCUGUAUAGAGGAUGAAGACCAGCAUGCUCAAUGCCCAAAAUGUUAUUUUAGUUUUUGUACCCUUUGCAGGGAACGACGCCAUGUUGGCAUAGCAUGCAUGAGUCUUGAUAUGAAGCUUCAGAUUUUGCAGGUAUGUUAUAUUUGGAUCCAAGAUGGGAUGAAUGGUUUAGUUGUCAAUUGUUGUCAGACUCACAGCUAUGAAAUGUCUUUUUGGUGAAUACAUAGCAGUAUAUACUCUUAUAACUAGCAUCUAUUUAUAUAUUAAAGGCAUAUUAUUGCAUUAAAAUGUAGUUGAAUGAUGAUGAGAUUUUUUGAACUUGAUCUACUCGUGAGAACUAUUAUACUAAUGUUAGAUUGACGAAAGUCAAUGUCAAUAAAAAAAUAUUGAGUGGAGUAAGUAUAAUGAUAUUUACUCUUACACCUGUAGUAAAUAGUCCACGGCUCCACCCAUUCCUAGAUGCUUUUGAAUUUUUAAUUUCUUAAUUACCAGCUUAGUCUUUAUCCUUUUUCCCAUCUCCAUGAGCCCAAGAGAGCAGGGAGAGAUAAAGAAAACUAAUAAGGGACAUUGAUUGAAAAUGAGGGUGAUACAAAACUAUGUGUGAUACGAGUUAUAUUUAUAGAGCUUAUUGUCAAAUGUGAGGGAUAAAAUCAAAUGAAAUACGAUCAAAUACAAUGGAGAUGCUGUAAUCAAAUUGGCAAAUUACAAAUCCCAAGUGUGGGAGUAGUCAACAAUACUAUCGUAGGCAAAAUAAUUUAUAGAGCUUUGUUAAUUGUAUGCAAUAGUGUAUUGCACUCCAUCGUGUUGUUGUGUCCCCCUCUGUUCCUGUAACCUUUGUCACCUUGCUAAAGGCAAUCAUGUCUGGAGAGAUGUUCUUCUCUGCCAAAAUUCAAAAUUUUGACCCUUUGCAUCGGAUACAGGAACUAUUACUCUCAGGUGUUGCAGUUUUUUUUUCCCACAAAUCUUUUUUCCCUUAAAAUCAAUGUUAUCUUUAUGGUUUUUCAGGGGUAAAACUCAUAAACUUGCCCACCUGCCCACCCUUAAUAAUCUGAUGACCUCUUCUCUCUACCUCUCAUGACUUCUAUCUGCUCUACUCUGUUAUUGAUUCUGCUUUGCUCACAUACAUUUUUUUUUUCUGAUCGGGUGCUCAUAUACAUCUAACUACCCUAGCUCCAUUAUUUGGUUCCAUCACUGACUUAUAGUCUGUU